AUGAUGGCGCUGGACGAAUCCAGCGGUUAUGUCGCUCCCAGCAACCUGGCUGAUUCCCCCGACGCUCCUCUCUCCAUGUUUGAUGUUCGACGUGUCCAGCUUCAAUUCCCGCUAGCUGCGGACUUCGUCGCGGCGCAAGUCGCUAACAAUGUGCUUGUCUUGGCCUUGUCAACUAGCCGAAUCCUUCGGAUAGACUUGGACGCUCCUGAGGACAUAGAUGAUAUCGACCUCCCCAAGAAAUCCUCGGAGACAGGAGUGAUUCGGCGGAUGUUUUUGGACCCUUCCGCAUCGCAUUUGAUUAUUACUACCACCCUUGGCGAGAACUUUUACCUCCACACCCAGUCCCGACAACCGAAACCGUUGACACGGUUGAAAGGUGUUUCGAUCGAGAGUAUCGCCUGGAACCCAUCGGUCCCGACGGCCUCAACAAGGGAGAUUCUUCUGGGCACUACAGAUGGCACUGUCUAUGAGGUCUACAUUGAACCGUCCACUGAAUUCUACCGCCGCGAAGAGAGACAUAUCAGCGUGGUCUACAAGGUGCCUGAGUCGUCGCCGGUCACGGGGAUCUGGACAGAACUGAUACCGAUCAAGCCCGAGCUCCGACGGGUACUUAUUACAACCCAUAGUAGACUGACGUAUUUUGUUGGUCGCAUGGGAAAGAAUGGAAGAGAAGGGGGAAGCUCCGUAUACGCUGAUCUCUUCCAAAGAGAAUCACCUUUGGUACAUGAAACUAAGGCCCCUUCUGGUGCCGCGCCGUCAGCGUUGGCCAUAUCGCCAGCCGCACCCGAUUCCCCCAGUGCAGAUUCGCAUCUUGAAAAGGAGUUUGCAUGGCUCAGCGCCCAAGGUAUCUAUCAUGGCCAGCUCCCUUAUUCGUCGGAGCAUGUCAACCGGCCUUUCGAAAGCUCACACAUGCUUCCGCGGUCCAUGUUUCCAGCCAGCGAAUCUUCCCGGGGAGGGAAGAAACUGAUCCAAGACCCCAUAGCUGCGUUGACUUUGUCACAAUGGCACAUUUUCGCGCUUGUCGAAGGCAGGAUUAUUGCCGUCAACCGCAUGAACGAGGAGAUUGUUUAUGACCAACCUGUGCUCGAGCCUCGACAGAGUACUCUUGGCCUCUUGACGGACUCGAUGCAGCACACCUACUGGCUAUUUACUAGCCGAGAAAUCUUCGAAAUAGUUGUGGAGAACGAAGACCGGGACAUCUGGAAGAUCUUUCUGGAAAAGCAACUGUACGACAAGGCAUUUCAAUAUGCUCGUACUAGCGCUCAAAAAGAUGCUGUUUCUACUGCGUCAGGUGACUUUCUUGCCAGCAAGGGCCGCUAUCUGGAGGCCGCAAGAAUAUGGGGCAAGAGUAGCAAGGGUUUCGAAGAGGUCUGCUUGACCCUGAUCAACCGCGGCGAACACGAUGCUCUGCGGAACUACCUGCUCUCCCAGCUAUCUACGUACAAGAAGUCAUCGUCCAUGCAACGGAUCAUGGUUGCAAGCUGGCUAGUGGAGGUGUUCAUGUCCAAGCUGAAUUCCCUCAACGACAAUUUAGCCAGCCGGGCGGAGCUGACCGAGGGGACAAGCACUGAGGAAGUGAGGUCCCAUAUCAAUGAUGUGCGCUCCGAAUUCUAUGAGUUUGUCACCAAAUACAAGGCCGACUUGGACAAGAAGACCGUGUACGACGUCAUCAGCAGUCAUGGCCGGGAAGAGGAACUACUCUUCUUUGCUAAGGCGGUCAAUGACCACAACUAUGUCCUCUCGUACUGGAUUCAACGCGAGAAGUGGUCCGAGGCACUCAAUGUCCUCCAGCGACAGAGUGAUCCCGAUGUGUUCUACAAAUACAGCAGCGUCCUUAUGACCCAUGCCGCGACUGGGUUAGUCGAUAUACUGAUGCGACAGACCAAUCUUGAACCCGAGCGGCUUAUACCCGCCUUGCUGAAUUAUAACAAGACGGUUCAUAUUCCCCUUACGCAAAAUCAGGCUGUCCGGUACCUCAACUUUAUCAUCGUCAACCACCCCCACCCCUCUGCUGCAGUGCACAAUACUCUUAUCUCUAUACACGCUUCAAGUGCCUCAUCCUCGGAAGCUGGACUUCUGACCUACCUCCAAUCGCAACCAUCAUCCCCACCCCCAUACGAUGCCGACUUUGCGCUUCGUCUUUGCAUCCAACACCAGCGGGUCCAAUCCUGCAUUCAUAUCUACAGCGCCAUGGGACAGUAUCUCCAGGCUGUGGAGCUGGCUCUACAGCAUGGGGAUAUUGAUCUAGCCGCCAUCAUCGCCGACAGGUCCGAGGGGAACGACAAGCUGCGUAAGAAGCUAUGGCUCCUGGUUGCCGAGAAGAAGAUCCGACAGCCCGGCACUGGCAUUAAAGACGCCAUUGAAUUCUUGCGUCGGUGCGAGCUACUCCGCAUUGAGGAUUUGAUUCCUUUCUUUCCUGAUUUCGUCGUGAUUGACGAUUUUAAGGACGAGAUAUGCAGCGCCCUGGAGGAUUACUCCCGGCAUAUCGAUGCCCUUCGCCAGGAAAUGGACAACUCAGCCCAGACGGCGCGGCAAAUCCGAAGCGAGAUAUCGGCCUUGGACAUGCGGUAUGCCAUUGUGGAGCCCGGAGAGAAGUGUUGGCUUUGCUCCUUGCCGGUUCUGAGUCGGCAGUUUUUCGUCUUCCCCUGUCAACAUGCUUUCCAUAGCGACUGUCUCGGAAAAGAGGUCCUCGAAGGGGCAGGUGGGAAGAAGAAAUACAUCCGUGACCUACAAGUGCAAUUGAACAAGGUGGACAUCACUGCUGCUCGAAGGGAGGAAAUUGUCAAGGAAUUGGACGGAUUGAUUGCGGAAGCAUGUAUUCUGUGCGGUGAUCACGCUAUCAAGCAGAUCGAGAAGCCAUUUAUUACAGAUUCUGACCGAAUAGAUGAAUGGGCUUUGUAA